AUGAGUAAUGACCCAAGUGAUCCAGAAGGUAUGUAUUACUAUUCACUACUUCCAACAAGAUCUUUCAGAUGACGACUUUGUGGAAGAGAAGCCGCUUGAACCCAGACCCUAUAAAACAGAUCAUGAAGAAGACACAAUUUAGGAGAUCCAAUCUUUCACAGUGAAAGACAGACCUCUCAUCAGGAUGUAAUUUAUUAAAAAGAGAAAGGAGUUUGGGUAAGUCUUUAUAAAAUAUUUAGUUUGACAUUCAAAUUCAGCGAUUAGGAGACAUCUGAGAGAACAGGAGAAAUCAAGGCUCUAGAGAAGGAUCCACUACAACUUGUCAAAAAUAAGGUCAUUGAAAUGGGGAUUCAGGGAUGCAAUCCUUUUCAGGAUGCCAGUUCUUAGACUGUUUGGAAUAGAAAAAUAAAUAAAGCUUUGCAAGUAGACGAGGGAGAUGAAAGACAAGAACAGCCAGACGAAGAUUUUAAAUUGCUUAAAUUCUUAGAGACAGUUUAUCCAUUGAUGGAGGAAGCGUUGUAAUCAAAUGAAACCAUUGACAUAUAUUAAGACGAUUUCAAUGUCUUGCCUCUUUCAGAACAAAAUGGAGGUACCAUAAAUUCACACAACUAAUUUAAGAUUAAAAUGCUGAACUUACUAAUGUGAUCAAAGAAAUCAAAAGUUUCAGUUAUCUAAAUUGCAAAGGCAAAAAAAUAUAAUGCAUUCAAUUCCAACCCACUAGUUAAGCAAUCAAAUCCAAGUAUAUUGUCGCUGAAUCUUUCGUUGAAAACCUUAUAUUUGAAGAAAGAGCCAUCUAUCAAUUGAAAUCUCAUAAAUCACUUAUAGUGUUCUGGGAUUUCGAAGAUAUUCAUUCAAUUGAACCAGUACUCCUACUGUAGUCUCCCCUUGAGAUUCUCUCUUUCGAAUUCAAUCCCAAGGAUCCAAAUAUAAUUAUUGGUGGCACUAUCAACGGUUAAGUUAUGUUGUGGGAUCUAAGUGGCACUGCACUCUCUGUUUUUGCAUCCAAAAAAACCUAAAAAACUAAAUAAGAACGAAGUAUUCAUCAAAUUCUCACUAUUUUUAAGAUGAAAUUCAAGAAUUGCAACCUAAAAUGGUAUCAGCUCUUUAAGACCCAGCAUCAUAUUAAGCUGGGUCAUCUAAUGAAGUAUUGAGAAAAUAAGUUGCAUCUCACAAAAAUUUUGUUUUGGCUGUGAAAUGGUUUCCGAUUGGAAUGGAAUUUGAUAAGAAGCAUUUCAAUCACCUUAUACUUACUUCCUCCUAAGAAACAUAUCAAUUUGCAAGUAUUAGUUCUGAUGGUUAAAUUCUAUUCUGGGACACUAGAUUGAUUGACAAAGACAGUAAAAAGACAUAAUAAGAUGUAUUUUAUUUUCUAUUUAUCGACUAGAUUUCAACCAUUCCUUGGAAGGCUACAUAUGGAAUCUAAUUGUAUAGACCUGAAGGAGGAGGAGUGAUGGGUGGAGGAUAAAUUUAAUUCAGGAAAAGUAAUUUCUCAAAUCAAUUGAAAUAGAUUAAAAAACUCCUACUUUAUCAGGCACAUCAGAUGAAGGCGAAGUCUUUAUUUUAGAUUGGGGAGAAAAACAAGGGGAGGAAGGACAAAAGAAUCAAUUGGUGUCAGCUAUUUGGUAAUAAUAGCGAAGUAUGAGACCACCUAUUGCUCUGGAUGUAAGUCCAUUCUUUGAAGAUGUACUACUAACAUUACAUGAUUUCAAUUUUUGUGUUUGGAAACACAAUGUCACCUUCCCAAUAUUUGAAAGUCUCAUUAUGAAAGGAGCCCACAUUACUUGUGGUGGAUUCUCUCCUUAUCGUGCUGGUGUCAUUAUCAUUGGAAAGACUGAUGGUAAUUUGGAUGUUUGGGAUAUGUUGGAUUAAUCUCAUAAAUGGACAAUUUAAUUCUAAGUUGUUGCUUGUGCAAUCACAUCAUUAAAAUUCAAUGACAAUAUGGCUCAUAUUGUAGCUAUAGGUGAUUCAGAUGGUACUUUGCAUCUCCUUGAAUUUCCAUAAAGUUUGUGUAAAGAUUAAGGAAAUGAAGUCAAAGCAAUGAGAUCGUUUUGGGAUAGAGAAGUCAAAAGAGUAAAUUACUAUUCUGAGAGAUUUAAAAUACGAGAAUAAUAAGCAAAAUAACAAAAUGAAAAAGAAAUCCAGGCUUAACCUGUUAAAGAAACAAAGCAAUCUGGCGAUGUAUAAUUAUAAUUAUUCAGAAUAGACAAAAGUCUUAGAUGAAAUAGCAAACUUUGAAAAUGAGUACUAAAAAUUCAGAGAUAAUUUACUUGGUAUUGGUCCCAAACCAGAGGAUGAAAAGGGUGAUAAAAAAGGUAAGAAAUGA